AUGCCCUCCUCCUCUGGCACACACCUCGAUGCCAAGAAGAAUAACAUGGUGGAGGCUCUCAAGCGAGAGAUAGGACUUUUGCGUGAGCUUAAGCAUCCUAACAUCGUGCAAUAUCUUGGCUCUAACUCUGAUGAUUCUCACCUCAACAUUUUUCUCGAGUACGUUGCUGGUGGCUCCGUGGCUACGAUGCUCGUCAACUACGGCUCUCUUGGCGAACCCCUGAUUGCCAACUUUGUCAGGCAAAUCCUUUCUGGUCUGGCAUACCUUCACUCCAAGGACAUCAUCCAUCGCGACAUCAAGGGUGCUAACAUCCUCGUUGAUAACCACGGCAGUGUCAAGAUCAGUGAUUUCGGUAUCAGUAAGCGUGUCGAAGCAUCCAGUCUCCUCGUGCCACCUACCGGUAAACGCACGGGGCCCCGCGUCUCCCUCCAAGGCUCCGUCUUCUGGAUGGCACCCGAGGUCGUCAAGCAAACCGCCUAUACCCGCAAAGCAGAUAUCUGGUCUCUCGGUUGCCUCAUUGUCGAGAUGUUCACUGGUGUGCAUCCUCACCCCAACUGUACUCAAUUGCAAGCUAUUUUCAAGAUUGGCAGCAGUGCGGCACAGGCUCGGCCUGAUAUGCCCGAGCAGGCCAGUGAAAGUGCCAAGUUCUUCCUCGAGCGCACAUUUGAGAUUGAACACGAAAAGAGACCUUCAGCUGAUGAGUUGUUGGGUUAUGCUUUCUGUGCGCCCAAGGAGCCAGGCUCCGCUUGA